GAUGAACGUAAAACGCCACAGCGUGAGAGUCGAGUAAUUUGACUGAACAUGCGCAUUGUUUUCAAAAGUAAAUUGUCCACUACAAAACCUGUGAAGCAAGUCAAUACGAGCUCAGUUUUACAUCGGGUCUAUUCCAGUGUAGAUCGGGGGAAAGUUGAAAAUAAAGAUGAAGAACAUUCGCUUUUUCUUGUCGGUGGUGUUUAUGAAGUGUUGUUUGGCGGAGAGGUUUACUUCUGAACUUGACGACAACUUCAAAUUGCUUGCUAUGCCAGAGGAUGCAGCUGGGGAGCGAUAUUCAAUAAGAUUAUCGUACCAAUAUGUUGAGACAGACAAGAUGAAAGACGAUGGAAGUUUCAGCGAUAUCACUUAUACCGACAAUAAGAACAAAUGGUCAAAACCAUUUUUGAUCCAUGGCGAUAGACUGACCAAACUCAUUCAAUCGUAUUUCUUAUCUCACAACGGGAACAGUUUUUAUCAGAAUGACAACAUUUGGGAAUGGAUCGUAAAAUCGUGGGAAUUUCUUGCGUAUACCGCACCCGACAACACGGAUUGGAACUGGUGGGGCAAUCAAAUCGGCCUCCCAAGGUCUCUCUGGUCUGGUCUCUUUCUUUCGAGGGGUAAAAUCAGCGACAAGCUGUACGACGAUUUGAUUAAAAGAUACUGGACGGACCGUACAGUGUGGGAUUACGAACGAAAGAAAGACGGGUUCAUAUCGGCGUCAAAUCUGGCAAAUAGAGCUUUCUUAGGGUUGUUCGAGACAUAUUUCCAAAGUCAGGACAUAUUUGAAACCAGGAGAAGUCAGGUCCUUGAGUAUCUAGCUCAGGAAAUAGUAAAUAAAACGACAUAUCAAGGGGAAGGUGUAGGAGCCGAUUACUGUAUUCACGCCCACAAUAUCCACACAGGGUUCUAUGAGGGAAAAUACACCAACUCACAUUUACGUCUGAUGAUCUACAAUGGCGGAUAUGGAGCUGAGUAUAUCAAAAGAUUUGGCUUCAUCUGUAUAGCACUUCGCGACUCUUCUUACGCGGUGACAGAGAUUAUUAUGUCUGAGUUCAUAAAUGUGUUCCUGGAAUGUCAUCAGUAUUUGGUGCGCGGCUGGACAUUCGAGCCGACCUCAGUUGGGCGUAAUAUUGAUGAUAACCAGCGAGUGACGUAUUGGGCGGCUUUAGACUCCGUUUACAAGGUAUUAAAAUGGUUAUUGGAACUCAAUUACCGUAAAGAGGAACUUGAAAACGCGGUUACAAGAUAUCUCAAACGGGGUCCUACUAGUGCAGCAAACGCCCUCGUUGGUAACAAAGGAUUAUUUGCCUCAGAUAUGAUGGUCCACCAUAGACAAGGUUAUAUGGCGACUGUGCGUAUGUUUUCUACUCGUACGGUCAGACCAGAGACGUGGGUGAGCUCAAGAAGAACACAAAAUCCAGAUGGGUAUUACACGGGCGAUGGAUUUGUGACUCUUCUACAGGAUGACCAUGAGUUCGGAUCCAGAUUCAACGAGGUUUUCCAGUAUUAUGAUUGGGAAAAGAUUCCAGGUACGACAUGCGAAUACAGUGGGCAGGUUCCCCGGGAAGGUAUGGAGAGAAAUGUUGGCAAUCCAAAUGGGUUUCCUCAUCAUAUUAGUAACGCUGUCUUCGUUGGCAGUGCCUCCGAUGACAUGUACGGUGUUGCUGCAAUGGACUACGAUCGUCCAACCGUCAAUAUAACAAUGAAGAAGUCUUGGUUUUUCUUUGAUGAUGAAGUCGUCUGCUUGGGUAGUGAUAUAGAGCGACGUGAAACUAAUGAGGUGAUCGAACUACCGAUUAUCACUACGCUGAAUCAAGUAGUUCAAGAUGGUAACAUUGCAUAUUGUAAUUCAGAAACAAGGCAGUAUGUAGGCUCAGACACUACAACAAAUGUCCCUAACGCUAAAUGGAUUUACCACGACAAUAUUGGAUAUGUGUUCCCAAAUGGUGCAGAUGCUAACGUCGAUUCCCAUGUUAAAACGGCAAAUGGCAAAACUUUGGAAGUCGCUACCAUGUGGAUGGAACAUGGUGUAGAACCGUAUGCGUAUAUCAUGUACCCAGGUGUAACCAUAGCUCAAACUGAGGAACGCCACGCUAAUCCACCAGUGGAGAUCUUGCAACAGGACUCAAAUGCCCAUAUCGUGUACCAGUCGACACUUGAUAUUCUCUCAAUGAUUGUAUUCACCGCUCCAAUUUCCUUUGUUUACCCAGAUACGGAAUUGUCCUUUUCUUUCACAGUUGAUCAGCCUUGUAUUUUGAUGAUUCGACACUUUCAGUCAAAUAACACUCUUUCAAUAACUGCUUCGGUUCCUACCCACUACAGGGCUACAGUACAGAUCGCACUCGCUGGUAUUCAUAUCAGAGGAUUCGAUUCAUCGUACAGUCCUGAUGAACAGGAAUCCUUAGCUCUAUUUAAUUUCUCAGAUGAUCCAAUGAUUGCUGGAAAAAGUCAAACCAAGAAUUUUCAAAUUGUUUAA